AUGUAUCAACCACCAUAUCUGCAAAAUCAAGAGUGGCAGCCUCAGCAACCCACGUACGAGUACAAGCCCGUCACAGCACAAGAAGUCUACCCUGUCGAAGCAAAUUCAGGUCAUCCAGACAAGAAACAACGAGAAAGGCCUGACUACCGACCCAUUCCUUUACGAUGGCCUUUUAUCAGCGCUCUCAUCCUCGUGCUUCUGGCACUGAUGGGGUUGGUCAUAUAUGCUGUACGCACCCUGGACGGAACCGAUACCACAACAAGGCUCGAGAACAGAUCAUUCCAAAUCACAAAUGACAAUUCCUUCUUUGUAAAAAGACAGGACAUUAUCAGUCAAGAUGCUGUGCCAGAUGCAACGGCCGCUGCUGAAGUAGAACCCGAAACAGCAGCCAACCCUGACCCCGAGGAAACAGGUGUUUCCGAGUCUGAGCCCGCAGACAAUACCUUAGGUACUGGCGAUGGCGAGAGCGGCACUCUGACGACUGCCCUUGUGGAAGAACUCUUCACGACCAUGGUAACCAAACCGGGCUCGCUUGAAGUGACAUCCAUCACAGAAACCAUCACUGAGACGGGCGAGAUCACACGCACAUUGGUGGAAACUAUUCCAGGAACUACAUAUGUCACAUCAUCCGAAGUGCCUGUGGAAGAUAUUCCCACAUCGGCUGGAGAUGGUGGUGCGCCAACCAACGCGUAUGUCCCAGUCACCGUGACAGAAGCUGCGCAAACGAAGACGAGCAUCACUGUUAUGGAAAGCGGCGUGGUUCGCACAACUGUCAAGGAGACCACGCGUACUGGACCCCCGAUUGUAUACGCUUCUGUGGGAACGACGACAAUUUACUCUGUCCUCACUCUCGACUCAAAGGGGAAAAUUGCAGAACCUCCCGUCACAAAGUAUCGAACGAGCCAAGUCGAGGCCACUGUCAAGACGAUUGUCGAUGCGCCACCGCCAGUAACAAUGGUUCAGACACUUCCUGAUGGCCAGGUUAUUACCUCGGUGUCUACACCACUUGGUACCACACGGGUUACGACCAUGCCUCCAACGCAGGUUGUCAUCACCGACGUUUCCACGCCUACUGGUGGUACUCGUAUCGUCGUCGAGGCUACGACACAUACUCUCACGCAAUCGGAUUAUUUUAUAGGAAAAUUCCUUCCGCCUAUCCUUGCUGUGCUUCUCGCCAUGGGUAUUCGUGCCCUAAAUCAAGCUGCUCAACAAUACCAACCAUUUGCUGCACUCACCAGAGAAGGCGGUGCGUUGGGCCGUGAGGCUUUGCUUCUUAGCUUUGAUGGUUGGCAGAGUAUCUACCUCCCAUUCAAACUUCUUUUUAAUGGCCAGUCUCUUCCCUUCCUAACAGCUUUAGCCCUGUGGUCAUCGAGUUUUGUAGCGCCUCUGUCCAGUGAAGCCAUCGGUCUCAAGAUUUAUGGUCGCUGUAGCAAGGGGGCCAUUGACGGCUGUGCUCUUGAGCUCGGUGUCUCUAACAAUGCGGCCUAUGCCCUUGUUGGUCUCUUGGGUGCACUCGCCAUUCUUCUGGCUUUCACACUGAGUGUUAUCAGCCGUCAUUGGCGCACUGGCGUGUAUGCAAACCCGUGGUGUGCGGUCAACACGGCAGCUCUUGUUGCUCGGAACCCGGAUAUUCGAUCCAUGGGGGCCAGUGACUGGAAAGAUCUCAAGGGCUCUAUCACCGAGAAGAGGUUCGCCAUGGGUUGGUUCCGCAACCAAGACGGACGAGACGAAUAUGGCGUUGUUGUCGUCGGAGAUGUUGAUCGUCCCGUCGCAGCGCCAUAUACCAAUACGCCAUAUACUGAAGGCAUGGCCUAUCGCCCACAGACACGCCAUAGAGCUCCCCAGACGUUUAUGGCUUUGAGCUUCUGGUACCGCUUCACGUUUCUUGUGUUUUUGAUCUGUCUUCUUGGCUUUGUUGGGUAUUACCACUUUGUUGAUACCUUUGGCAAGCUGCCUGAGAACAUGAAGAAGCUUAUGGAGAGUCAGGACUUUGGUGUGCGCUUUGUCUACUCCGCCCUUGGUGUUAUCGUUAUCUUUUGCUGGGAGUUCCUAUUUACCAGUGUUGCUGUCAUCACACCCUACCGCCGUAUGGCUGAAGACCCUCAAGUACCGACGCGGUCAGUCUUGAUGACACCAGCAACCAAUCCGGUUUCGGGUGUGUUUGUUGCACUACGGAUUCGAGAUCCUCUCCUCUUUUUUACGGCCUUCACCACUGUCCUCGCACAAUUUCUCCCAAUUUUGCUCGCCAAUGUUCCGUACAACCGCACCCAAACAAGCGAUGCCCACGAGAUAUGCUCUCGUCUCAGCAUUGGUAUCUUGCUUGUCAUGGUUGUUGCCAUGCUGUCCAGUCUGUUGGUGAAAUGGCCAGACUUGCCUGUUGAUCCCAGUAGUCUAGCAGGAGCACUGUGGUAUGUUUCCGAUGCGCCGUGGGUUAGAGGUCUUGAGGGCGUCGCGGCCAUGAGUGCAAAUAAACGUAAGAAUGCCGUGCAGGGUCUUGGAGGAAGAUGGACAUAUGGACCCAUUCAUACGUCUAUGGGAGAGCGUAUGUGUAUUGAACAUGGAACGACAGGAUUCAGAGUAGAAUAA